CUGCUGUGUAAACCUUAGAGAGGAUGGACCGUCGGCUUUCUCCCGAAUAGCUCAGUGGCUUUGCAACUUCUGAUCACUUUCCUAAAACGUUUAGUAAAGAUAAAUAGGCUGAUAUAAGAGUUGUACAGACUUUAUUUAGAAUUAAGCAAGUGUAAGUGUAGCGCAGCCACAUUAAACAGGGCUUUAAUGGUGAUGCAUGCACGGAAACAACCGAGACUCACUGAUGGGUGUAACGAGCGAAGGGAUUACCAGUCCUACCAGACCCUUAAGUACCAAUCUAAGAGCCAUUCCACAAACGAGCACCGUCAUGAGAAACAGCACAACUCCUCGGACCAAACUCCACCCAAUAAGAUGCUGCGCAGAUCAGAUAGUCCAGACGGAAAGCGGAAUGAUGGCGAUGGGAGGGCGCUCCACAUGCAUCAACAUAAAGAGAGCAGCACCAGCGCUUCUCCACACGAGACCUCUAUCAAUCACGGCCAUCACAGUGCCAACUCUCACUCGCUCCCAACCAAAUGUGCAGAAAUGCCCCAGCGCGAUCCGGCUGACGACUGGUCCGAGCACAUCAGCUCGUCUGGAAAGAAGUACUACUACAACUGCAGGACGGAGGUGUCGCAGUGGGAAAAACCCAAGGAGUGGCUGGAGAGAGAACAGCGACAGAAGGAAGCUCCGAAGGCCGUCGUGGUUAACAGUUUUCCCAAAGACAGAGAUUACAGGCAGGAGGCCAUGCAGGCGGCCGCUUCUGCAAACGCAGUCACUACUAUGAAAUCGGCUCCGGUUGAGAAGCCAGCAUCACACGGCGCUUACUCCCAGGCCUCCUGCAGUGGCUCCGGGUCCCAGAGCGUCUCGAGCGCUCCCAGUUCGUCCACGGCGUCCUCCUCACACUCCUCGGCUCUCCUGCAGGACCCGGCUCUCCUCAGGCAGCUUCUUCCUGCACUCCAGGCCACGCUGCACCUUAACAAUGCCAGCGUGGACAUGGCCAAAAUUAACGAGGUCCUGACCGCCGCUGUCACCCAAGCUUCCUUACAGUCUAUGCUUCAUAAACUGCUCACUGCUGGACCGUCUGCUUUCAACAUCACUGCUCUGCUUUCCCAAGCCGCUCAGCUCUCCACACAAGCUCAGCAGCCCAGCCAGUCGCCCAUGUCUGUGACCCCAGACGCCUCGUCCCCCAAGUCCUGCCUCGUGUCCCCCAGAGUCAGCACUCCUCAGACCAACAGCGUGCCCCCGAAACCCCUCCAAAACACCAUCAGCUCUGUGCCGUCUCUGAUCAAGGUUUGCGAGUCAGGGGUGAAAUCGGCGUUCCAGCACUCCACUGAUAAAACGCCGGAAGUGGAAGACCCGCGACUUCAAAGGCAAAACAGUCAAGGGCCUCCGAGUUUGGCGUCCAACGGGUGCCUGCUGAAUAACAGCACUUCUGCAUGUCCUCCCACCACCUUCAGUCCUUCACUAGCACUGCACUUCAAUGAGAAUCUGAUCAGACAUGUGCAGAGCUGGCCGUCAGAUCACGUAGAGAAGCAGGCUGCAAAAGCACGCGAGGACUUCCACACCCUGGGCAGCAUCAACAUGUCUGAGAUCUGUGUGGAAAUGAAAAAGCUUCGUUCCCUGGUGAGAGUGUGUGAGAUCCAGGCCACGCUGAGAGAGCAAAGGAUACUGUUCCUGAGACAGGAGAUCAAGGAGCUGGAGAAACUGAAGAAUCAGAACUCCUUCAUGGUCUGAGAAGCUGUCGGUUCAGGUUUUCUGUUGUUUUGUGUUUUUUUUUUAUUUUAGAAGGAACUCAGCAGCUGGCUGCCUUUUCUGAACAGUGGACCUACAGACUGGACUGGACUGGGCUCUCUCUCCGAAAGCAGGAGAACCGAAAAGCCCACGAGAGGUCACUGCUACACGAACCCCUAAAUUCCUCCCUCGCCCUCCGUGUACAUACGCUCCUCCGUUCUGAACACGGUUACUGUUUAUCUCCACGCACACCCACUGAUCUCCGGGGCAUGUGCGACAGGUUCAGGUCUCACGGGAACGUCGACCGACUGUGAGUCGGGACUCGACCCGAGACGCUGAACGGUGUAACGAUUCGCUAAGUAGUCCGUAAACGUUUGCUUCCCUCACAGCUAGUCGUGUAGGAUUUUUAUAAUCCGGUUUCACCGUGGAAUCCUGAGUGUGCGUCUGUAGUAGAGAUAUCGACCGGCUAUUUCUCUCAGAAAUAAACCAAGCUGUUUAUAUGAUCAGAAAA